AAACGUCUGUUUCAUAAGCACCAGUUUUACAAGCCUGCCUUCAAAACACUGAAGAGCUGUGAGGAAUAAGCAAUAAACUCACUGAACUGCUGCUGCAAGUAACCUCAAAGUUAGCAUAAAGGUUAUUACUUAAGCUAACAAAAGUUAAUAUUUCUGAAUUCCCGACAUGGAGAAUUUGAAGUCCUGUCCCUCAUAGCCUACUGGCUGUGUAACUUAGCCUACUCAACAGGCUAUAUACGAACGCGUGGUGAAAGUGAAAGGUCAGCUGAGCCGGGCUGUUAAGAUAUUGCUGUUGCUGACUAGCAGGAUAGAUGCUGACCCAGAGAGGGCUGCUGCCAAGCUCCGCCCGUUAACGCCACUGGACAUCUCCCAUAGAGGGGUCUAGUAUAGGGUUAUACUAGACCCGGGGCUAGUAUAUCUCUUUGGCAUCUCCUGGACCUGACCUCCUCGGAGGGACACCGCAGGGUCUUUUUUAAGGAGGCAUUGCAUCAGGAACAGUUUAAAACUUGUGCAGAUGCAGAUGAUUUCACCCCCAACUGCAAAAGUGACCAUGGCUGAUGAAAUCUCCCUACAGAUGUCUGAGAAGGCAGCUGUUGAAAAGAGAAGUAGAAGGAAACAUAAAGGAAGGCACAGUGUCACUCCUUCAGUCCCAGAAGGACAGAUCUUAAUUGACACUCACAAUGUGAAGGCGGACUCUUCAUCUGAUGGUGUUUGUGUAGGUAUGAACUCACUUUUAGAGAGCAGUGAGACCGGAAUCCUUUAUUUGAACCCUCAAACACCAAACUGGUCUCUUGUGGAGAAGUUUGCUGAGCUUUCACCGGAAGAAGAAAGAGAAGCUAAUGAUGACCAAGACCACAGCAGUCAAGAACUGUUACAGUACACUAUUGAGAACAAUAAAAUGUGUGGAUCUGAUGAAGUGCUCUUGUGUGCUGUAAAAAAGAAGGAAAGGACCUGCUCUAAAUACCUCAAGAGCCAUAAGGUACAAAGUGAUGCCUCAGUCAAAAAGAGUGCAUCUAAGCUCAAAGAGUUAAAUCUUGAGACACAUUCUCCAGAUGUAGGUGAGAAUAAGAUCAAAAAGAAGACUUUAAAUACUUGUCCUGUUAAGAAAUCACUUCAAAAGUGUACAGACGACAAGAUCCCCCGACUUUUGGUAGCGAUGAAAAAACGUAGUGGCAUUGACACAGAAAAGCGUCCCUUCAAGUGCACACACUGCCACUGGUCUUUUAAGAAGCUUUGUAACCUACAGAGUCACUUACAGACGCACACUGGCCUCAAGCCACAUGUGUGUGACAUAUGUGGCAAGGCUUAUUCUCAUCAGGGCACGCUGCAGCAGCACAAGCGUCUACACACUGGUGAAAGACCAUAUCACUGCCCCUUCUGUGUCAAGACCUAUAUCUGGUCCUCAGAUUACCGCAAGCAUAUCCGCACACACACUGGUGAAAAGCCCUAUGUCUGUGACACCUGCGGGAAAGAUUUUAUUCGCUCCUCUGACCUGAGAAAGCAUGAGCGGAACAUGCACACCAAUGACAAGCCCUUCCCAUGCACGCACUGUGGUAAGACCUUUAAUAAACCCCUCUCCCUGAAGCGUCAUGAGCGUAAGCACCUGGGAGAAAGGCCUUUCUCCUGCCCCGACUGUGGGAAGGCCUUUGCUCUGGCCAGUCGCAUGGCAGAGCACCAGAAGAUCCACACAGGAGUGCGGCCGUACGCCUGCUCCGUAUGCUCCAAGUGCUUCACAAAGUCCUCCAACUUGACCGAGCAUGAGGCCAUUCACAGCGGAGAGCGGCCUCAUAAGUGUACAGAGUGCGGCGCGGCGUUUGUCAUGGCUUCCCGCCUGGUUCGUCACCAGUACAUCCACAAUAAAGAGAAACCGCACAGCUGCACAUGCUGCAGCAGGAACUUUAGCCACCCAGCCUCACUGAAGCUUCACCAGGAGCAAACCUGUGCCGGAAGGAUCUUUGUCUGUGUGGAGUGUGACAAAUCCUUCCAGUGUGCUGCAAAGCUUGCACAGCAUGUGCUGAACCACAAGGACAAGAAUGUCUGAAUCUGUUUAAAGACAGGUACUGUACACAUCCAUCACUGUGCUAGUGCUAUUCACUCAAAUUGCAACUGCACAUCUAAACGCAGAUCUGAUCUAUUCAGGCUCAUAGGGCACCACUUUGUUUAGGUCUUUAUGAUAAUUGUGACUUUUAAAACUUAAGACUCACCCUCAUGAGGAGGAUGUCGUUGGAUAACAAUUGCCACCAGCACAGAAUUGAUGCUGGAGCUGACAGCUUCACUGUGUGACGUCAAAGUAGUUACAAGAAAGUGAGAAUAAAGUGAGAAUAUAUAGUCAAUGCAGUUAAUAAUACGCACAAUACAGGCACUUUGCAUUUAGGAAAUGCAAGCUAUUUAUUAUGAUGAAUGGCUACCAAUGAUGUAGUAGCAUUCCUGGGUCAUUCUUAAUCAGGUGACCAAGGUGGGACAUGGUUACUCAAUUAAAGUAGGGAUGGCAGUGAGCAUGGCAUUUCAGAAAGCCUGUCACUUCCUCACCCUGAAUGUAUACACAAGGUUUACCAAUUACCCAAUUUUAGCAUCAGUGACGUUAGGCAAACAUACAGCAGAUGACAAUUUUGAUAACCAGUAUUGGUGACGAGAAGCUGGUUAUAUUGUCCGACAGAUGGAGGGGCAGCUUAAUGUUUUCAACCGAUCAAUGCCUGUUAUACACAAACCAACAUUAAUUCGUACUUAUUAUCUGCUGCAGGCUGCUGAUAAUCUGGUGAGCUGCACUUCUUGAUACACAAGCAGCAAUAGUUGCAAAAAAGUGCGUUAACAUAGUCAUAAGCCAGUCCUAGCUUGGGAGGUAUCUCCUGACACACAUUACUGUGACUGCAUUAUUAGACGAGUUUAGAACAGUUUAAAUGGUACAGGGAACCUAGCAAAUCAGUCAGGGUUUUUUUUUUUGCCAACGGACACUGCUAUGUGACGUUAGUACAUCUUUAUCUUGUACUCUUUAUGUUUUCUCUUUAUUAUUGUGCUUGGCAGUGCAGCUAUUUCCAUUCUGGGUGUUUUGUUUGACAUGUGGUGAUUCUGUAGUUUACAUGGUUCCUACGCAGUAUUGAAAAGUCAUUUCCAGGUCUGGAUAAGUAGGGAAAAAUAUUUGUUUCCAGACUAUUGCACCUAUUCUGUUUAUUAAAUCAUAAAAUUCAGAGUUUCAAAAGAUAAAUUGAUCAUACAAGCAGAGUGCUUUUUGCUGGUACUCGGAGCAGGCAGCCAGCCCGGCCAAAAUGUUUACCACCGCGUGAGAGAUAUGAAAACCAUGUCAAUAUGAGAGUUAAGGACUCACAUGCUGAUAUACUUUGGUUUCAUAUUUUUCAGUUAGUGUUACUAAUCAUCUAGUCUUGCAUAGCAAGAACCGGCAAAAUUCCCUAAAAAAAACAGGUUUACCAGAUUAGGAGUAGAGUCGCUUUUAAAAACGUUAAAAGCCAACUGAAAUAGUAGGCCAAUGUCAGGCUUAUACCAACAGCCUACUUCCUGUGAGCCAGGCUACCAAUUACUAAUUCCCCAACAAUCCUGUUUUAACGUAUUUUGUAGUUGUAUACGUGUUUUACAAUUGCAAUUCAACUUUUAAAAAAUGGGCUAGUUGUCCCUUUCCUUUAAAUGGAUAGUUUGGGACUGGUGAAGUGGGGUUGUAUGUAUGUAUGUACUUAUCCAUAGUCAGUGUAUUACCUGCAGGUCACCCAGGAGAGACUUGAGUGAACAACACUAAUUUGUUGACAUGUGAUACAUUGAUAUGAGAAUGUGAAAAGUCAUUUGGCGAUUAGACACCAUUGUGGUAACAUGGUAUUUAAUGGGGGUGGUGAAGCCGCGGAGGCAUAGAAAUCCCCCUAAUGGAGUAGGCACUGGUGGUAGUGAUGAAGGGAUAAAGAGAAUGCUGAGGAUCUGGAUUUGAUGAAGAGGACCUCUGGUGGGCUUGAAAUGGGCCUGGAUCUGAUGAGAAGGAGAUGAACGGGGUGGAGGAGUGCUGCAGUGAUUCGUAUUGAAUGACAGUUGGCAGGAGAGAAGAGAACAGAUCUAAAGUUUGAUAGUGACUUCAUGAUUGGCUGUUCUGAUCAUGGUAAGAUCUGAUUGGAAAACUAAGGGAGAACGCCCAUUGUCAGCUGUUAGAGGGCAGGAGAGAGAGGGUAUGAGAGAGAGACAGUUGUGAAUAAGUGAAAUUGCGAACCUGGCUGAACUUUUGCUGAGCUUCAUUAGAUGGCGAUCAGCAUGUUUGGAGAGUAUGUUACUUAGCUUCCAUGCCGGUACUGGGGACACGCUGACCGCCAUCUACUGCAGGUAAUACUCUGACUAUGGAUAAAUACCUCAUCCAGCCCCACUUUAAAAAACCCAACCAAUCCUUUAAAAAAAACAAAUAUACAGCUUUAAUUCAAAGGAGUAUGAUUGUUAGAAGCAAGUCAUUUACUGGGAACAAGCCUACUGGUGUUUAAAAACACAGAGGCCUCCAAUUAUUUUCAAUAAAGCUUUAUUCUGCUG